AGGGGCGCUCAGUACGCCUGUGCGCGGGCGGAGGUGGUGGUGGUGGCCCUCUGCAGGGGCUCGGCUUUUCUCCGCGCGGCGAGCGCUGCCAUGGCUCAGCCGGGGAAGCUGCCCAAGGAGCAGAAGUACGACCGGCAGCUGAGACUGUGGGGUGAUCAUGGGCAAGAGGCUUUAGAAUCUGCUCAUGUUUGCCUAAUAAAUGCAACAGCCACAGGAACUGAAAUUCUUAAAAACUUGGUACUACCAGGUGUUGGUUCAUUUACAAUUAUUGAUGGAAAUCAGGUCAGCGGAGAAGAUGCUGGAAACAAUUUUUUCCUCCAAAGAAGCAGUAUCGGAAAGAACCGAGCUCAAGCUGCCAUGGAAUUCUUACAAGAAUUAAAUACUGAUGUCUCUGGAGGUUUUGUGGAAGAGAGUCCAGAAAACCUUCUAGACAAUGAUCCUUCAUUUUUCUGUAGGUUUACCAUUGUGGUUGCAACUCAACUCCCUGAAAGUACAUUACUACGUUUAGCAGAUAUCCUCUGGAAUUCUCAAAUCCCUCUUUUGGUCUGUAGGACAUAUGGACUAGUUGGUUAUAUGAGGAUCAUAAUAAAAGAACAUCCAGUAAUAGAAUCUCACCCGGAUAAUGCACUAGAGGAUCUUCGACUGGAUAAACCAUUUCCUGAGUUGAGAGAACACUUUCAGUCUUAUGAUUUGGAUAAUAUGGACAAAAAGGAUCACAGCCACACUCCAUGGAUUGUGAUCAUCGCUAAAUAUUUAGCACGGUGGUAUAGUGAGGGCAGAAAAAACCCGUUGCUGUCAAGUGGACUCCAACUCAUAGUGACCCUACAGAACAGGACAAAUGGACGAAUACCUAAAACAUACAAAGAAAAAGAGGACUUCAGGGAUUUGAUUAGACAAGGAAUUCUAAAAAAUGAAAAUGGGGCCCCAGAAGAUGAAGAGAAUUUUGAGGAAGCUAUUAAAAAUGUGAACACAGCACUAAAUACAACUCAGAUUCCAAGCAGUAUUGAAGAUAUAUUUAAUGAUGAUCGCUGCGUAAAUAUCACCAAACAGACACCAUCGUUUUGGAUUUUAGCUCGUGCUUUAAAGGAAUUUGUGGCCAAGGAGGGCCAAGGAAAUUUACCUGUUCGAGGCACAAUUCCUGAUAUGAUUGCAGAUUCAGGCAAAUAUAUAAAACUGCAAAAUGUUUACCGUGAAAAAGCAAAGAGAGAUGCUGCUGCUGUGGGUAAUCACGUUGCCAAACUGCUGCAGUCCAUAGGCCAGGCACCAGAGUCCAUUUCAGAGAAAGAAUUAAAGUUACUCUGCAGUAAUUCUGCAUUUCUUCGAGUGGUAAGAUGUCGCUCCUUAGCUGAAGAAUAUGGUUUGGAUACACUUAACAAGGAUGAAAUUAUUUCCAGCAUGGACAAUCCAGAUAGCGAGAUAGUAUUGUACUUAAUGUUACGGGCUGUUGAUAGAUUUCAUAAGCAACAUGGUAGAUAUCCAGGGGUAUCUAACUAUCAAGUUGAAGAAGAUAUAGGAAAGUUGAAGUCUUGUCUCACUGGGUUCCUUCAGGAAUAUGGAUUAUCUGUAAUAGUGAAAGAUGACUAUGUUCAUGAAUUUUGCCGAUACGGAGCUGCUGAGCCACAUACCAUUGCUGCAUUCUUGGGGGGAGCUGCUGCUCAAGAGGUUAUCAAAAUAAUCACCAAACAAUUUGUAAUUUUUAAUAACACUUACAUUUAUAGUGGUAUGUCACAAACGUCAGCAACUUUCCAGUUGUAGAAUAAGCACCCUAUGUAGCGUGUUAACAAUUGAAAUUGUAAUUGCUUUUAGGCUGUCUUCUAGUCUGUAAAAUUCUAAGGGAGAGCUGUUAAAUUGUUUUGUUAAUAAACAUUUUUCUCAUUUGUAA